CCUCCUCUCUCUUCUUCCUGGUUUCGUCAAGUGGAUGUCACAGCGUCCACCUUACAAGCUUUUUAAAGUUGUCCUGAUCCGGGGACGAGGAUGAGCCCCCCACAGAGGCCAGGACAUCUGGGACAAAUUUUCAAUAUCAGCACAAGGAUCACGAAAACAAGGAUAAACGGAUAAAGUAUUUUGAAGAAGUGAAGUCGAGACUGAAGAGGGUUAGCUGUUAGCCACCUAGCAGCUAAUACGCGGCUGUGGGUUACUUUUAGCAUCGAGUUGGGUCUGCAAGCGUGAUCGGCUGACUUUGCAAACAGAAACUUUUAUUUUUUAAGAAGACAACAUGCAAGUUAGUACGGAUAAAGUGCAAAUGAGGCAUAAUCCUCGAAGACAGUUGAAAAAGCUGAGUGAGGAGAGUCUGACCAAACCACCAGAGCAAGUGUUUGAUGUCCUGGAGAAGCUCGGAGAGGGGUCCUAUGGCUGCGUGCACAAAGCCCAUUAUAAAGAAACUGGAGAGAUCGUGGCCAUCAAACAGGUCCCAGUGGAGUCAGACCUUCAGGAGAUCAUCAAGGAGAUCUCCAUCAUGCAACAGUGCAACAGUCCACAUGUGGUACGGUACUACGGCAGCUACUUCAAAAAUCGAGAGUUGUGGAUCGUCAUGGAGUACUGUGGAGCAGGAUCAGUGUCUGACAUCAUCCGAAUACGUAACAAGACGUUGACGGAGGAAGAGAUCGCCACCAUCCUGCAGUCAACUCUGAAGGGCCUGGAGUACCUGCACUUUAUGAGGAAGAUUCACAGAGACAUCAAAGCAGGAAACAUCCUCCUCAACACAGAGGGACAGGCCAAACUCGCCGACUUUGGGGUUGCUGGUCAACUCACUGACACGAUGGCAAAGAGAAACACAGUGAUCGGCACACCGUUCUGGAUGGCUCCCGAGGUCAUUCAGGAGAUCGGGUACAACUGUGUGGCCGAUAUCUGGUCUCUGGGCAUCACCGCAAUCGAGAUGGCAGAGGGCAAACCUCCAUAUGCAGAUAUACACCCUAUGAGAGCUAUCUUCAUGAUCCCCACAAAUCCUCCUCCGACCUUCAGAAACCCAGAUCUGUGGUCCUCAUCAUUCCAGGACUUUGUGAAACAGUGUUUGGUCAAAAUCCCAGAGAAAAGAGCCACGGCCACACAACUGUUACAGCAUCCCUUCAUAAAGUCGGCCAAACCCAGCUCGAUACUGAGAGCCCUGAUCACAGACGCCAUGGAGAUCAAACUCAAGAGACAAGAGGAGGCGGAGCAACGGGAGCAGGACGCAGACGACGAUGAAAACUCGGAUGAAGAUGAGGUUGACCAGGGCACCAUGGUCCGAGCGGGGACCGGAGAUACAGGCACUAUCAUAUCCACAGGCUCUCGCAGUGGAACUAUGAUCGAACAUGAUGAUACAGGAACCAUGCUGGGGACCAUGGUCAUCAACUCUGACGAAGAUGAAGAGGAGGAAGGAGGCACCAUGAAAAGGAGAGAUGAGACCAUGCAGCCAGCCAAGCCCUCCUUCCUCGAGUACUUUGAACAGAAGGAAAAAGAGGCCAACAUCCACAACGAGGCCGGAGAGAACAACGCAGACCACCGCAAACUGCCCACAGAGGGGGACCUGGAAGUGCUCCACACGUGGACGGUGGAGGAACUGCGGUCACGCCUGGCCUCUCUGGACCCUCAGAUGGAGCAGGAGAUCGAGGAGAUCCAUCAGCGCUACCAGGCCAAGAGACAGCCCAUCCUGGACGCCAUCGAGGCUAAAAAACGCAGGCAGCAAAACUUCUGAUCUCCAAGUUCACUCAAUAUAAACUUCUACCACUUUUAGAGAAAUGUCAGCGAGAUGGAGCUGCAGACAGGAGCAGGGACUGAAGUUUUGUUCCUGGUAAUGGCUCAGGUUUGGAAGGAGAAAGUGAAAAAUGAAUAAGAUUUGUGAAUGUUGAACAAACAAUUUUCCAAAGAGCGGCUUGGAUUCUGUCCAUCACUGUAUCUGCAAACGGACUGCGGCGUUUUGCAUUCUUGGGUGUUUCAUGUUUUAAGUGUUAUUGUAGCAGGCUUUUUUGUGACCAGUUUUGAAGUCACCCUCUUUUGUUUUUGUCUCAUGGUACUGAAUUUGUGAAAUUUUUGGUAAGAGUUUCUAGUUUUAACUGGGGGCUGCUUGGUUAAAUUGUCUAGAAUGUUUAAAAGCACAGAAAGUGAAAGUUUAAAAUAAGAAAAAUGUUUCUCCCUAUUUUAUAUCCUGGUUUACAUUUUCAGAACAGAGUGACCUCUAAAAGGAGUAUUGUUAAUUGAAAACUUUAAUAAUCUUCACAGAUAUUUGAUUAGUUGGUUUUAUAAAUGCGUGGUUCUCAACCUGUGGUCAGGAAACAUGAUGGUACACCUGUUACCUCUAAUGGUACUUAUCUAAUAUAGAAAAUUAUAACAAAAGUCUUAUUUGUAGUUAUUAAGUAGAUAUUAUUAAUAAUAGUGUCUUUGAAAGCACAGUUCAUGUACUAUAUUCUGGAGUUUAGUACAUUUUAGAUUUGGUAAGCACUUGUGCUCUCCCUUUUCAAGUUGCCUUUUCAAUUGUUUGUCACACAUCUGUGCCCAUCUUACACCAGCUUCAAAAGAAAGUCCUGUUUUUGGCACAUAUGAGAUCCAAAAUGGUAUCACACUCAUUUUUAUGUGUUUCAUUGUGAAUCUCCUUCACUGUUUUUUUAGAAAUCUACAAAUCUUGGCCUGUCCAGACCCAUUCCUUUUCUGACUUAAAAUAGCAAAGAUUACUUUCCCCAUUUUGUAAUUAAUCAUAUAAAAGAAGAAAGAAGAUAUUUCAUAACUAUUUUGUAUCUUCAAAAAACAUAUUUUGCAAUCUUGGUAUUUUAAUGUAAAUUAUAUUUAAAAUAUAUAUUUAAAAUACACACAAACACAAGUUGAUUAAAGCUAAAAGACCCAAAUCCCUCCAUUUGCUAAUAGUGUUAAAAUCAACAUUUAACACAGACUGCUUAUUAGAAAUCCAAUGGAAUUGACUUAUUUCCAUAUUUAUAUUUCCACAACUGGAAGCCUUUGUGACCACUGGGGCUCUCUUCUGCUGUUACUGCUGUAACAUUUCUUUUCACAAUUAUCAGAUCUGAAAUGUCACUUUUGUGGAUUUUAUUCAACAAAGCUCUUACUUGUGGCCUGAUUAUCUGAAGCCAGUGAGCAUCGCGUCUCAAAGUGCCAAGAAGCUUCACCCACCGCACAGUCUAAGCAUCUGGAGCUACCAUAAUUAGGUUUACUUCGGACAUUCCUCUGAGCCAAACGUCUAUAUUUGGCUGUACAAAAUGCUUUCUAUUUUUGUACAAGUAGCAGUAGGUUUGGAUACAAAAGGGUUGGUUUUACUCAUGAUUUCUCAGGUCAAACGCUCAGGGCUGUAAAAAUUAACAGUUCAUUUUCUGUAUAUAUGUCAUCACUGAGCUCUGUCUGUGUAGAGAUGAAAUAUUUAAUCAAAAGAAGAUGCAAUGCCCCAAAAGUACGUGUUUUUUAAUUUAGUUUUUUGCUGCACUGGCAUUAUACUUUUUAGUUUGUUACAGUUUAAAAUUAGAAAUGGGCUUUUUUUCAGGUUAAAUUGAAUCUUGAUUAUGGGCAUUAACAUUCAUUCAUUUAAUUUUACAAAACCAUGCACAAUAUAGAUAAAAAUACUUGUAACUGGAAGAUACUUUUGGGGCAUUGCCUGAGUAUAAACUAUUUCGCUGCUGUAUUACAGUUUAUGCAUGUGGACAUCCAACGCAACUUGGUGUUACAGAAAAAGUGAAAGGGACUAUUUCAGUUUUAUUUUUUACUUUUUUAUUGCUGUGUUUUAUUUUCAAAUAUUUUCGUCAGGAAUUUGGUGAUUAAAAUGGAAAUGUCGAAAUGUCUUAAAUAUGUUUAGAGUCGUAAUCACUGAGAAACCGCUGGUAUUAUUCCCUCAAUGUUUUAUUUAAUUAUAAUUAAUUGACAUUUGACUGUUAUCGUUUGGAUUCGUAACCACUAAAUGUUUCUAAGAUGUGGUUCAACACUGAUUAUAAUUUUGAGUGGAUUUUACUGAAAUAAGGGAUAUAUGUUAUGAAUGGGGAAUUAACAUCUGAUAUUUUAUUAAUUUAUUGAUUCCUUUUUUUUUUUACUUAAAUGCGCAAUGUGUAACCUUUCUGCUGGAGGGUCCACCACCUAUUUGUCUGUUGGAAAUGUUACAGCUUUACCCAGAAUGUUCCACAGUAUUCAAGUAAUCUGUUGCUUACAUUGAUUCGAUUGCAGGUGUUUUUAUUGUUUACCUAGAAAAAGACGCAUUUUUACUGUGAGUGCGCUCGCCUCUCCACAGAUCUGACCUGUAACUUGACUUGGUCUUUAUAGAGAUAGAUCAAUUUAAUGCCAUACUGUGGAACAUCUUGAUCAGAACAAACAGAUGGUGGAUCCUCCCAGAAAAAGUACACAGUCCACUUUUACCAAAAGCUGCAGUGUUAAUGUUUUAGUUUAUUUCCCAGAAUCAAUUUAAUUUGAAUUUACAACAAUCACUUUUGUCCUUUCAGUGCAAUUAUGAUUUUUUAAAAUAUAUUUUCUAGAGGUGGUUUUUGGGUGGAGCCACACAAAGUUCUGUCUACUUGAACUAGCCCACGAUACUGGAAAAUACUUUAAACUACUUUGGCUUUCCAGGCUUCUUUUCUUUUAUCAACAAGUAAAUCACAUUUUUCUUACUGAGAAUUGGCAGUAUUUUUCCACAAACACCAAUACAGGUACAAGAAAGUAUUGAUUAAAGCACAAAAGUAGUAUAUUUUGUCUCCUAGGAAACCUUUUCACUCCAUUCUUUUUAUUCUUUUUUUUUUGCUUGUUGAGUGCUCUGUUUCCCUGAGCUUCUGCAUGGCCCUGAAUGCAGCUCUUAUUUGCCUUAAACUCUGCAGUGAAUGGACAUAAUAAUGUUUAUUUGGAAAACACUGGUGUUUUAUUUGUUUUUGAUUGCUUGUUUAAUAAAAAUAUAAAAACGAGACAAUGUCAUUA